AUGCAGUCGGGAAUCUCAGUCUCCUCGGAGCUGCAAGAUGCCUUCAACCGCUUCACCUCCGACACCUCGAUUUUCUGUCUCCCGGUGACCAUCACAUCCGAGAGUCUGACACCGCUUGACCAGAUUCCGUUCUCUGGUGCCUCUUCCGGCCCAGAUGCAUUCUUCUCGUCGCUGCCGCAGCUCUCGUCCGUCCUGCAGCCCAAGACCCCGAUCUACCUCCUGCUCCGCCGUCCCACCUCCACCUCGUCAUCUCUCAUCGCCCUGACCUAUAUCCCGUCCAAUGCGCCCGUGCGUCCUAAGAUGCUCUUUGCGUCGACUCGUACAACGCUGACCCGCGAGCUUGGAACCGAGAAGUUCGGUUCGUCCGUGUUCGCCACGGAAGAGGACGAGAUCGUCGGUCAGGAUGCAUGGAAAGAGCGUGACGGUGCAGCUGCGGGUGUUGGUCGUGAGGAGCUCAUGGGUGAGAAGGAGCGGGAGUUGGAGGCUGUUCGAAGGGCCGAGGCCGAGGCCCGCAGUGGUACUCCCCGAAGUGACAUCGGUAUCGGCGGGACCUUUGGGCCGGGUUCUGGAUCUGGCAUGAGAGUCACGAUGCCUGUUGAUGAUGCUGCGAAGACAGCGUUGAAAGAGCUACAGGAAGGUGGUCUGGUGCAGCUGACGGUUGAUAUCCCCACCGAGACCAUCAAGCUCGCCGACUCGCAGUCCGGUGUCGAGCCGGGCUCUGUCGCUACCCAUAUCUCCUCAUCCUCGCCCCGGUAUUCCUUCUACCAUUACCCGGGCUCGAGCGUCGUGGUUUUCGUGUACACAUGUCCCACUGGGUCUUCAAUCAAAGAGCGUAUGCUGCAUGCCAGCUCACGGAGAAGUGCCAUCGCGGUUGCCGAAGGGGAAGGACUCAAGAUUGAGAAGAAGAUCGAGGCCUCUGGUCCGGAUGAAAUCACUGGGGACCGGUUGCAGGAAGAAGUGAACCCGCCACGCGACCAGGGUCCUGCGCGAGGAUUUGCCCGGCCCCGUCGCCCUGGCCGGUAA